AGACCUCCUCUGUUGUGAGGCUUUUCUCACUCUGACAACAAAGGAAAAAUGCAGUUUAAAAUACUGUGCUAGUUUCUGUAUUAAUCAGUUGACUUGUUUUCCCCCAUUGCUGCCACUCAGGCUACAGCAGGAAAAGAACUAUCAUGCAGAAAGAAUUGCAUGACAAGACUUUUGGUCUCAAACAGAUAACUUCACUGUUUUGAGUGAAUGUGCUGAGAGGCAAACAUUUUGGGUAGGUUGGUUCAUUAACAGCUGUGCAGUCUUUAUGUGCGGUCAACAUGGAUAGUCCAUCUGUUCCUUGGUUGCAGCGAUUUGAUAAAUCUUCUCAUCUUCUCCUCUGUGCGUUGAUGUCUGGGCAUUGGGGAGCCCUGGCUGCCUUCCGAACUCUUCAACGUUCCUUACCUGGGGAAGAACCAAGACAGGGCUUCAGCUGGCAGAGCUUCACAGAGAAUCUGUGUUCUCAAGAGCCUGUGCUCAAAGGGCCUGAGAAGACCCUCACCUUAAAACCACUACUGCUGCUGCUUCCCGUGUUGUGUCAAAGAAACCUCUUUUCCUUGCUGCUUACAGUACAGUCUACUGUGCCCAAAGAGUGCCUCCGCCAUCUACUUUACGCCUCUAGACAGGAUCCCAGCCCAGACCUAUGGGUGCAGAGAUUGAGGGAUUUACUAGAAGUGGGGGUGCAAGAGAAUAGCUCUUUGAUGCCAGUCCCGCUAUCAGAUUCAUGUCAGCAGCAGCUGAAAGAUCUUUGCCAGAAAGUUAUGGCUCCUAGUUGCAGUAAACCUGGUUUAGAAAGAAAACUACAUUGGUAUGUUAAACAGGUAGAUCCCUGCAUAGUGCAGUCUGGAGAUGGUCCUGAUUCUGUGUCUCAGAUUAGGAAAAACAAGAAAGUAGCAGGGGAACCUUUGAGUCCUGAUGAAGAGGUGCCUGGGAAGACGUCCCGACUGGAAGUUGAACUGAAUACAGAACUUGCUGGACCACGUGCUCUGCAGCAGGGAGAUGAUGGAGCUAACACAAGGGAUGAACUCAUGAUUGAGGUUUCUGGAAAUGAAGAUGUUCAUAAUCUAAGCAAUGAUGUAUAUCAAAGCCCCCCAAAGGAGAAAGCAGAAGAAACUAAAACUGUCAAUCAGAGUCCCCAACAGGUCACUGCUGCAGAGGUCCCUGAUUAUAUCAAGGAUCACGUACCAAAACUUAAAGAGCUUUUAGAGAUGCAGUUUGAUCAUUCUGAUGGGACAGCUCCUCCUGAGCUACAAGUAUUUAACAAGUGUACUCCAAGCCAGUUGGAAAGUCUGUGCUCAUUGCUGGAGCUCUCAGAGUGCCCGGAAAAUGUACUUCUGCACUUUUGCACUUGGUUAGUGGCGCUCUCACCUGAUCUUGGCUAUAGUAAUGCAGCAGUACUUGCUAAAAAGCUCUUUCUACCUCGGGUUCUCUUGCUGACUGAGCCACCAUCCUGGCCUCUCACAACUGCCCUAAUGAUGUUCUGCUCCAAAUAUGCUCGACCAAUCUGUUGCACCUUGAUUUCUUCCAUUAUACAGGCUCCAGGGAAAGGCCUUGAGCAGAUGAAGCUGGUGUGCAAACUAAUUGAGGAGUGUUUGGACCCAGCAUAUGUGAAGCUGGUAUUCAGUCAUAUUAUAGAGAUGCCAUGGUCAGAAGAUCUCCUCACAGCUGUGCAUGCUUUGUUGGGAAGACAGGUGGAGUUGUCCACAGAGUUCUUCAACAUGUUGAUCUUAAACCUUUGCCAGAUGGCUCAAGAAUUUGCCGCAUCAAUGCAUUAUGCAAAAGUGGUUCUAACGGUGUUGACCAAUUACCAAGGCAGUAUUACAUUGGCCCACCAGCAUCGCUUAUCUUGUGCUUUGGACCUCAACAAAACAAUCUUGAAAAAGUCUCUCCAGGCUGCACUAAAGCGAGUGACUUCAGAUAAAAAGUAAACUUGAGUGCAUUGAGAAAUGCUGGUUUUUUUCAGGAUCCAGGUGUCUCCAUUGGAAAAUGGGUGAAACAGACCUGCCGUCCCAAGACAGGGAGGCCAGGUCUACUGCCAAUCAAAAUGCAUUGGGAUUUUUCGGCAUCCAGGUCUACCCAUCCAUCCUGUGUGGAAGAAUGCAACUCUUCUUUAAUACUGGUAGCCAUGAGAUGAAGAAAACUGAAGAGGCUGAGGAAUCAAAUAUACCCAUGUCUUUUGAACCAUUAACUUUUAACUUGAUUCUUUAUCUAUGUGACUUUACAAAAAUGCUAGCUAGAUGACUUGGUCUGAGCACUUACAUGGCUCAGAUGGAAUAUGCAUAAUUCUCAGAUUGCUGUAAUUCAGGAUUACACAUAUGUUGUGUGUAUUUAUAAGCAAUAUAUAUUUUUAACUAUAUUAAUAAAUGAGGGCAUGUAUGUAGUGGGUGUAGCAGCUUCCCUGGCAUGCCACUGCUGGGGCAAAUGGGCAUGUUUGCUUCAUGAGUUACCCUAAGGAUGCAUCACUCAGAGUUGCCUAGCAUCUCUGAUGUGGGGGGGGGGCAGGGACAAGGGACAUGCACUCCAUGGAGCAUAAAAGGAGAGAUGGCUGACCAGUUGGGGCAGUUGAGAUGAGGAGUAAAGUAGGUAAAAGUUAAGAGGUCUGGAAUGGGGGAAAGCCCACAGUAGUAACUGAGAGCCAACCUUGGGAAGAUCUAGGCCACUACAGCUCAAAGUUGUGAGGUGAUACAGUUAAUGGGGAAUGUAACUAAAUGACAGAAAACAGCAGUUAAUGGGUCCAAGCUCAAUUUUAUUGGUGGUAUAUAUCCCAGUGCUGAAGUGUUAGGUUCCAUAAGUUAACGGACCUAAUUGUAUGGCUGCUAAUAAACAUGGCAUGUUAAAAUCAA